GCCCGGCGGGGAGCCCCGGGGAGCCAGCGGCCGCGGGCGCGGAGCGAGCCUCAGAUGCGUCUGUCACACAACCCCGGCCGAGCUAUUUAAAGUAACGGGCCUCGCCGGACUUUUGUCUCUGCCUAUUUAUGAGUCCCCGGGAGCUGGCAGGCGCCGCCGGGCAGCGCUAGGAGCCGAGCCCGCAGCGCCAGCCCCGCGGGGAAGCCAGCGCCGAGCCGGGGCCGGCGGGGGCCCGCCCGGAGCAUGACGGCGAUCCGGGCGCUCCUGCUCUGCUCCUGCCUGGGGCUGCUGCGACCGGGGGGCGGGCAGCCCUUCCUGCGGCUGCGACCCUCGCCCAGCGACAACCUGCCCGUCAAAGACAUCGUGGAGCACCCGGAUCCCGAGUACGACCCUAAGGAGCAGGACCUGGACGAGAGGACUCUGAGGAAGAAGCUGGGCAGCCAUUUCGACCCCGGUUUCAUGGCCGUGGCCGUGCCGGGGCCGGCCAACGCCUCGGGCGCCGAGGCGGCGGCGGCGGCGGCGGCGGCGGCGGCGGCGGCGGGGCGGGGGCGGGCGGCGCUGCCCGCCGAGCUGCGGCGGCUGGAGCUGGGUCCGCCCCAGGGACCGCGCCUCAAGGUGGGCAAGAAGGCGCGGCGGAAGGUGCUGCAGUGGCUGUGGGCUUACACCUACUGCCCCGUCCUCUACACCUGGAAGGACCUGGGCGUCCGCUUCUGGCCCCGCUACAUCAAGGAGGGCAACUGCUUCGCCGAGAAGUCCUGCUCGCUGCCCGAGGGCAUGUUCUGCAAGCCCGUCAAGUCGGUCACCAAGACCUUCCUGCGCUGGCACUGCCAGGGCUGGUCCAGCCAGAAGUACUGCACCUGGAUCCCCGUGCAGUACCCGCUCAUCUCCGAGUGCAAGUGCUCCUGCUAGCCUCCCUCGGCCCCUUGCACUGCCGCCUCUUCUC